CCUCUUGUGUGCUCUUCUCUGCUGUCAUUCACUGGGCUGCUCUCAGCAUCCAGCCAAUGGAGAGUGAGGGCCUGCAGCAGUAGGCCCUGGGUAGGGUGAUUGAUGGGCAAGCGGGGCGGCGGGCGAUCGCACUCACAAUCCGCCGCGCUCCGCUCCGCGGGGCUCUCGGCUCCCCACCGCCCGCCGCGGCGAGGGGUCCCCUGGGCACCCUUGUGUGUGUGCGUACGUCUGUGUGUCCUGGGUGAGAGGCUCCUGACGUGUCUUGGUACCUGGGGGAGCUGGGUCUCACCCGAGCGGGACCAGCGUGCGUGGCUGGGGCGUCUCCGCUCCUGGAAGCUGUCGGGUGCGCUCGGCGCGGUUGUGUCUCCGGUGUCUGUGUCCUCUGCCGCGCCGGGCACGGCUGUCGCGUCCCGGGCUGCGGGGGUGUUUCACUCUUGUACCUGGGCUGCGCAUGGCUGUGCUGCUGUGUCUUCGUGCUGAGCGUGUGGCUGCGGUGUCCCGGCCUUGCGAGGCUCUGCUGGCGUUUCUCGGGGUGCUGUGCCGUCGUGCUAUGGGACUGAGCGCGUAGCCGGCGUUCCCCGGCUCUGCGCGGCCCCGUUGCCGGUUUCGGGGCGGUGCGGGUCUGUGCUGCCCUGCCCGGGGCAGAGGUCCGGCCCCGGUGCCCGAGCGGCGGCAUGGAGCACCUCGGGGCUCACCACCUGCACCAAGGGCAAGCCGAGCCCAUCAGCUUCGGCAUCGACCAGAUCCUCAACACGUCGGAGCCGGGCAGCUGCAUGGUGUCGCACCCGCGGCUGCAGGACUCGGCGGACUACGGGCUGGGCUGCAUCGUGGGCAGCGCCUAUAACACGGUCACGGGUGGCUACGGGGCGAGCGGCGGCGCGGCCGGCGCCUACAGCGGCACCUCCUGCAGCAUGGGCGGCCUGCCCGGCUCCUACAACGUGAACAUGGCGGUGAGCAUGAACGGCAACACCUUGAGCUCGGCCGGAGGGGUGAUCCGCGUCCCGGCCCACCGCCCCGUGGCCGGCGGCGUCCACCAGCCCCUCUCCGCCGCCGUGCCGGCGGUGAACGGCAUGAACAGCCUCACGGGGCUCACCUUCCCAUGGAUGGAGAGCAACAGGCGAUACACAAAAGACAGGUUCACAGUGGCCCUCUCACCCUUCACUGUAACACGCCGUAUAGGUCACCCCUACCAGAACCGCACGCCCCCCAAGAAGAAGAAGCCGCGCACCUCCUUCACCCGCCUGCAGAUUUGCGAACUGGAGAAGCGCUUCCAUCGGCAGAAAUACCUGGCCUCGGCCGAGCGCGCUGCCCUGGCCAAGGCCCUCAAGAUGACGGACGCCCAGGUGAAGACCUGGUUCCAGAACCGGCGCACCAAGUGGAGGAGGCAGACAGCGGAGGAGCGGGAGGCUGAGCGGCAGCAAGCAAAUCGCAUCCUCAUGCAGUUGCAGCAGGAAGCCUUCCAAAAAACCAUCAACCAGCCCAUCCAAGCCGACCCCAUCUGUGUCCACAACUCCUCUCUCUUCGCCCUUCAGAAUCUCCAGCCUUGGUCUGAUGACUCCACCAAGAUCACCAGUGUCACCACUGUUGCCUCUGCUUGUGAAUAAGUCUGGCACCCACUGGUGGCACCUACACCUUCUACUGGCGGGGCUGUCCCCAGGGGGACACCAGGCAUCCUUGGUGGGACAUGUAGCAACUCUGUUUCUCCCCGGGGAGGGCUGGAAUCCCCUGAUCCUCUGGCCACAUGCAUCCCAUGUAUCCAGCUGGAGAAGCCCUCCACAAGGAACAAAAAGAAGGAAAGUCACCCCAAAAACUCUCCCUAGCCAUGGAGUUGCUGGAACAGCAAUGCUGUCUCACCUCCCCCCAGCCCCUUUGUUCUCCUGAAAGUCUCCAGUGUCGACCCUGAACUUGCUGACGUGCUGCCAGACAAAAGCCCAGCCCUGACAGACACAGCCGCUGGUGAUCAUCCAGCUGGGGGAGAGGAAAACUUCCUUAGGAUUCUACUGGCGGCAGUGCAAAGUCUAUGUACACCCAUAUAUAUAUAUAUAUAUAUAUAUGUGUCUAUAUAUAUCUACAUAUAGAUAUAUAUAGGUAUAUGUUUUGAACUGUUGGCUUGAAAGAAAAGGAGAAGGCUCCUGGGAAGCACGUCUCUGCUGUGAGCCUUCUUGGGUUGUGCGCACCGGAGACGUUCGGGGAUGCAACAAAUGGAGGAAACAGCAGCAAUUUCUGCUCGUGCCAGAUGGGAACCCUUCAGAUCUCACCUCGCUGUCUCUCCUCCCCUUUUUCAUUAAUUUUUUCUUGUGAGGGGGGAACAAGAGAAGGAUCUGACAGACUCCUGAGGACGGUAAAUAUGAUAUCUCAAUUGUAUGAAGAGCCCAAACAGUCCCUGGCUGCCACGGACUCUGUGCCCAUCAGCGAGUAUUUUAAUAACGAGAAGACCUGGGUGGCAGUUUGUGGGGGUAAUGCAGUUUCUUUCCAUGGAAUAUUUCCAUAUAAUUUGCAAAAUGUUGUCCAAUGUUUUAUUUUAUCAGUUUUCCAUUAGAAGGCAGUUUCUGACAACAAAAAAUCGAUUUCACUCUCAGCUGUUUAACUUAGUUGUUCUUUUAAUUGUACCAAGAGAAUGAGACAAAAUUAAACAAAGCACUUCUAGCAAAUGCCAGGAAUAUAUAGCUAUAUAUAUAUAUAUAAACAAUAUAUAUUUUUCAGUUACUUAUAAUCUAAAACAGCGCUGCCAAUUUAAGCAGUUAGUGCAAACAAGCAACCAGAAAACCUAUUUUCAGUGAGAUUUUUAAAGGCAUUCAUUUGUUUGGUUUUUUUGUUGUUUUUUUUCUUAAGUUAUGCACUUACAAGGUGUUUUAUGUGUAUUCAUUUUAUAAAGUGCUUGUGUAAUUUAUGUGGAAAUGAAAAAGAAAAUAAAAAAUCUCCAGGGUACUGAAUAAAUCAUUUAAAGCCUUGCUGUUCCCUGUCUAUUAGUUCCCCAAGAGGAGACAGCAUAUCACAACUACUGCUGAAGCCUGUGCUAUUUUUUUUUUAAAUAAAAAUAGAGUUAACAUUUC